UAUAAUCUCCCAGUAUACACCGAUACUGUGAGGCGAGGAGCUAGCUAUAGGAGGACCACGAUUGAAAAGGAACGUUCAAUAAGAUGGGAUCACAUGAAGGACUCGAAUGGAUUGUUGACUUGGACAAUGCUCACGAUCCGAAAUAUGGAGAGCCCCAUAAAGUACCUAUCGUGGCAGCAACCAAUGAAAAUAUUAGAGGAUACGGCAAUUUAGUGACGGAUUUUGAUGCUGAAAAGGUCGAAAUCGUCCCUUGGCCUGUAUCGGGCAGACGACCAUUGUGCAGUGGCACGGGCACAUUUGGCGGGGUUGCUGAAGGUGACUUCAUCCAUGAAUGGGUCGGUGACCGUUGUAAGGCCACAAGUACAGCUAUCGGUUGGGGAGUCGACAGUGACUAUUUCUUAGGUCGCUUACCAAAGGGAGUUAAUGCAGAUACCAAGACAAGUGUUUUGGUUCGGGAAGCGAAUUAUCAUCCCGAUGGAAGUCAGUGUUUCUUUCCCAAAGACAGGCUUCCGUUUGUGGCUUUAUUUGCUCUUCCUGGCGAUGACAUCAAAUUAGAAGAUUUCAGGGCGUUCUAUUCCGAUGGCAGCUUCGGAUUCCAUAUUCUACCAAAUGUUUGGCACCAGCCGAUGAUUCCUAUCGGCCAAAAGGCGGUGAUCAGGAACAAGCAAGGUGCCGUCCACGCAUGCGUCAGUGUUGAUACCGUCGAUGAGUUUGGAAAAUUUCUUUUAGUUCCUCUCACUCUCGAUAUCAUGUAGAAAAAGCAGACUACCGCUGCAUUUAUUAAAUACAGCGAGCUGGAAAAAAGGAUAUAAGACAUUGUACACCAUAACAUGAAAUAAAGAUAUGCAGGACUAAACCAAGCGCUUUGCUCGGAAAAUAUAUAGAAGAAAUGUCCUGCAGAAUGGAGAAGAAUCACGUGUCCAUAUUCAUGAAACCUUAAGCAUAACUUCUAUGCUCAAACCGAUUUCUUGUAACUUUCUGAAAUCAUGUGACGCAGUCAAAUAAUCAUAACAUUUAACACAAUAUUUGUCUUGAAGUAUUCUCACAGUUCUUCCAAAUCUGACAAAUUGUCCUUUCGUAAAUUUAUCAUAAAAAUGAGAGUUUUUGGCUCGAGCACAGAAUUUCAGUUUAAGCAAGAGAACAGUAUAUGCUAUAGUGUUAUAUAAUAAAUAACACAGCUUUGAUGGUGAGCUUGAGAUAACGUUUAUUAUGUAACAUGAUACUAAGAGUUAUGUCCCCUUUACCAAUGAUUUACUUUAAUCCGGAUAGUUAAUCCGCCCUAUUUCUAAUUUCUAAUCGACAACUAACAAUCAUGUCCAUAAAGAUGUUAAUCAAGAUUCGGUUAUUGCAUGUUCUAAAUACACGUAAUCUUCAUAUUCCAAUUUCAAUUUGAAAAAUCUUAAUUAUUAUUCCCUUUAAAUAUAUAAUCGAUGCUUUUUUGUAUGUUUAAAAACGCCGGAAGUAAUUGUUACGUUAAAAUUAAUGGUAAUGGGCGAAUAUAAUGCAUAUAAAUAUGUUUUUCAUGUGUACGUAUAUAUUGUUCAAAUAUGCUAAUUGUUUAACUUAAAAAAAUUAAGUGUGUCUUCGAAAACAAUGAAAUAUAAUCCUA